AAGAAGGGCUGAGCUUCCUUUUUCAAAAUCUCAUGCCAUUUAUCUUAAUUCUGGUGCAUCUGAUAAGAACUUCCUCUAGAGCCAGGAAACUUUGCAAGUAUGAAAUAAUCUGAAAGGAAGAAGGAAGUAACUGACCAAAGCAAAAAAGGGGAACAUCAAAGCAGGUUUAACCAAAAGAACAGAAGGGAGCUUGGCACAGCAGUCUCAAGGUGUCUGGAUGGCAGAUCGUUCAACCUUCUCUUUCUUGAGUUGUCUACUCUGCCAUUAUCUUCCACUCAUUUCUGCUUCAUUUUGUGAUUCAUUUAUAGAAAGGGAAGUGGAGUCGAGUAAAAUCCCCCCCGACAUCGUGCAAGUAUACAUUAAUGAUUGUACUGUAAAAAACAUCACAUACAACAAGAACGAUCUUCAAAGACUCCGUUUACUCAACCUCUCCUCUAAUUGUAUCAGGACUUUGCCAAAUGAUGUUCUUUCACAUCUGAAAAAGAAAUGCCUGAAAGAACUUCCAAGAUUGCUUCUUAACUCUACCCUACAAGGAAUUACGCUGGUCUGCACGUGUGAAUUCAUUAAGGGCCACACCACACUACUAAACACUGCUUGUGCAGAAAUGUUGAAAAGCUGUGGAAAUACUUCAGUGGCCGUUUCUAUAGGACUUUCCCUUCUUUUACUGUUGUUGAUCUGUGGAAUUGGGUGUGUUUGGCACUGGAAACACCAUAACCCAGUGCAAUUUACCUUACCAAGGUUUUUGCAGAGGAGAAGCAGCAGGAGAAAAGACUAUGCUAAAACGCUCUCAGAUCCCCUCACUGUCAACUCAAGGCAUAAAAUCUCAGUUCAGACCCAAGACUAUACGUCUUCUGGAAGAGGGGUUAACAUGUAUGACAACUAUGAAAAUGUGGAAGUCGGUCCUCCCAGAGCUAAAGAAGAAACUGAUAAGGAACUAUAUGAGAACACUCGGCCCACCAAUUUCGAGGAGCAUAUCUAUGGAAAUGAGACAUCAUCUCAAUAUUACAACUUCCAGAAGCCUAGCACUUCUGAAGUCUCUCAAGAUGAAGACAUAUAUAUUCUUCCAGAUUCAUAACUUUUCAAAACACUGGGUUCAGUUAUUAGAGGAUAAAUAUUCACUGGGACUUUUCUUGUACUUAUGCCAUUGUUCAUCCUGUUCUUCGAGUGAAACUCAAUGAUCUUUUAUCUGUCUCCACCCUUCUGAACCUUCUGUCUGUGUAUCACUGUGGGUUAAUUCCAGGGAUCCCCUUUACCCUCAUUUUGCUAGAUUAAUUCUGCAUUGUGUUAUAUUGAUUCUUCCUUCUGUUACCUGUUAUCUUUUUCUUUUAUUUCUCCCUCUACCAUCUUUUCUGGCUCAAGAUUGCUGUCAGUCUCCUAACAAGUCUUUCUGGCUCUAGUGUCUACACAUUCACCCAUGAUGUUGCCAGAUUUAUCUUCAGAAAAUAUUUCCAAUGCUGCAUCACUCCUUUGCUGAAACCUCUUAGUGUCUCCUCUUUGCAAACAACAUGCUAUUUAUAAUUUUUUUUAAUUUUUAAAAUGUUUUUAAUUUAUUUUUGAGAGAGACAGAGUACAAGUG